GUUCAGAGUGGAAAGGUUGCCAGGAUGAAGAAAUGGCAGCCGACGGGCUGCGGUGUUGGCACUGACCAAAAUGGCUAAUUUCUGUAUCGACUAACGCUCAUGAAUUCACGCACUACGUUGAUAUGAGGAAUAUACGCAAAAAUACGAUACGUAAAUUAAACUAGGAAGGCGUUUGAAGACGUUAAAGCCAUGGCCUCGCUGUAUGAGAUAGUGUGGCGGUUUUUGCACGCGCUGUUGUAUCUCCAGCGCGCGCUUGUCGUCUGGUUCCGAGUCCACAUCUGGAGGUGGAAACUAGCCGUGGUGGACUUAUUAUUGCCCCUUGCUCUUGGCUUUCAUAACCAGAAUAAAGCAGGACCCAAAGGCACACGGACCAGCCGCAGAGUUCGCUGGGCAGCCGAUGGCAGGACGUUAGAAAAGCUGCCUCUUCAUGUGGGGCUAUUGGUGACUGAGGAGGAGAUCCACUACACGGAUAUUGCCAAUCUGGUGGUCUGGUGUAUGGCAGUGGGCAUCUCAUAUGUCAGUGUUUAUGAUAAUCAAGGUGUUUUCAAGAGGAAUAACUCCAGACUGAUGGAGGAGAUCCUGAAACAGCAGCAGGAGCUUUUGGGAAUGGACAGCUCCAAAUAUUCAGUGGAGUUUUUGAAGAAUGGUACAAAUAAGCAGGAGCCUCAAGUGUUAUCUUGUCAGUCAGUGGUGAAGGUUUUAUCUCCAGACGAUGGACGGCUCAGUAUCGUCCAGGCAGCCCAGCAGCUCUGUAGAGCCGUCGAACAGAAGGAAAAGACAUCAAAAGACAUUAAUGUCAAUGUGCUGGACUCAUUACUCAGAGAGUCGAAAAACAUACCUGACCCAGACCUGGUGCUGAAGUUUGGCACUGUGCAAAGCACUCUUGGUUUUCUUCCCUGGCACAUCAGAUUAACAGAGAUUAUCUCAAUGCCGUCCCACAUAGACGCCUCUUAUGACAACCUGUACGAUGCUCUUCAGCAUUUUGCAGGUUGCGAGCAGCGGCUGGGCAAGUGAAGAGCAGUCGGCAGAGAGCAGAACAGAAGGACCUGAAUGAGCGAGAGGGAUUGGAGGAGCUCCAUCUCUCUCUCUUCAUGUUUACAGUAGAAGCACUGGAGCCUCAGCGCCAGCAAAACCCUGCUGCCGCUGCUCUUCAUCUCUGCUCAUCUCCGCCAAGGCGUCUUUCUCUCUUUGUGUGUGUGUGCGUGCGUAUGUGAGAUGUACCUGUAUGUUUGUGUAUGUGUGAGUCUCCCGUGAGUAACUACACGCAGAAAAGGACGCAAGGACAUUUUGCCCACAAGCAAGCCAGAUGCAAGGAACAUUAAAGGAUUCCUUAUUCGCCAUAAGGUGUAAUUGUAUCGUCACUAUUUUUAUUUGGCGUAUUUUUGGACAUUGUUUGAAUGGUGCACUGAACUCUAUAGAAAUGGAAUACAGUCAUCUAUGGAAGACUGUUUCCAUCAUUUAGAGUUUAAAAAAAACAGAUGUGACUGAAUUUUGAUAUAUUUUUUUAAUUGUCUAAAAUCUAACUAUUCUUUUGAAAUUUGGACUUUAUUUCUUGUAAUCCUGAUUUUCUUCUUAGAAUUGAGAGUUUAUAUCAGAAUUGAUUUAUUACAUAAAGACAUCUAAAUUAA